CCCCCCCCCACCCUUUUGCCUCUCCCUGCCGCUCAUGCACAGCCCUGUGGCACGCACAGCUGCGCACGCCUGCCGCGGCGGCCUUGCCGCGGCUGCCUCUCUCGCCCGGCGGCCCGGCUCUUUGCCGUGUGCGGCAGCGGCGGUCUCCACCGCGGCCGCCGGUCGCUGCGCCGAUGGGCGCGGGCCUGGUCCCUCCGCCCUCACGGCUGGCACCCUGCCCUGCGUUCGGGCGGCCAUGUUCCAUUCAUCUCCUCCAGGCUUCGCGGCCAUGCCGGUGGCCUCGUCCCAGGCAGGCACUCUGACCGAGCACCAGCCCUUCCUGGAUACUCGGCAUUUGUCAGCCGCCGGGCUGCCCCCUGGUCGGGACUUGGUUCCCCAAUUCCAAGCCUUCCUCCGAACGGCCCCGGCCGCCGACCUGGCCGCCAUGGGGGACCUUCCCGUGGACGCCGGCUCGCUGGGCAAGCUCCUGGACAAUGUGCUGCACAUCGGACUGAACGUCGCCCUGGAGUGGGCGGGAUCCCCUGAUGCCAAUGCCCCGGGGCUGGUGGCGUGCGACCGCUUGACAGCCCCGCUUUCGGCGGCCGAGGCGCUGGCUUCCACCUAUCCGGCUCCGCUGGUCUUUCUGGCCGGCCGGGCCCUGCAUGUUCACUGCAUGAGCCUCCUCGGGGGAUUGGCUCAGAGUGGGGCCCUGGAGCGCAUGUCGCCGGCGCCCUUCGGCCCCGAGUGCCCGCGGUAUGCGGCCCUGUUGACGGCCGGGCAGCUCCUUCGCACUGCGGCCGAUCUCGGCAAUGCCCGGGCCCUUUUCAACCUGGGCCUGCUCUUCCACUCGCCGGCGUCAAGCUCCGUGGGCAGCCCGGCGGCCGGAGCCGGGGCCGGGCCGGUUCUCUGUUCCAGCCCCAGGUCGGUGAUCCGGCUGUUCCGGUCGGCGAUCCUGCCGCUCGCCGACCGCCAGGCCUUUUCGCCCGCCGAGCUGGAGACCGGAUCGCUUCUCUUCCCGGAGGCCCCCGCCGGCCCCGGACGCCGGGAUGGCCCUGGCGGGUGGGUUGACCGCCAGGCCCUCUUGACACAUGCCGCCCUGCAGACACAGCGCUUGGAGGAUGUUCUUGGGCGUGACGCUGGCCACGGGCUGGUUGACCUGUCGCUGGCGGCACUGAACUCGGGCUUGCUGCCGGCCGAUGGUGCCGGGCUUCUGCCCCCCGGCGUGGGUGCCCUCGAGCCGGGCCACUUCCGCCCGGCGGCCACCAAGCUGCCCACCGAUUACCUUCGUCUGACCCCGGGCAUGGCUCAGCUUCUGUAUGCCCUGUACAUGGCGGAUUUGCACGAAACACCGGAUCCCCCGAGUGCCAAGGCGCCGGCACCCGCCAUCAGCGCUGUCCCUCGCCCCCCGGCGUCCUCCAACCCCCAGCCCCCCACCCCGGGGCAGCGGUCAGCAUUCAACCUCUGUGCCCGAGUCACCGGACUCUAUCUGGAUGGGGUUCUGUCUGACGCGGGCGCCGAAUUUGCCCGAUACCUUGGUCUCAUGCAUUUAACCGGCGACGCCGGGGCCAGUCGGGAUGUCGAGCUCGGCUCGGCUCUCCUGCAGACGGCCGGCUGGCAGCCUCCUGCCCGCCAGGCCGUCAGCCACCGGCCCGACGUGUCGUCAAUUGUGUCGGAUGUCUUGGACCCGGAGGCGCACUUUACCCUGGCCUUGUUGCAUUCCAACAGCCCGAAGUUCGGCGGGGCCGCAAGGGCGCCUGAACGACCGGCCAACUGGCGCCUGUCCAUCGGGCACUAUGCCAUGGCUUGUUUGGGGGCGCGGCGUCUGGCCGUCGUGCCGGCUGCCGGCCAGCCGGCCCAAACCCCGGCGGUCCUGGCCAAGUCCCUCUUCAAUCUGGGCGUCGAGCUGCUGGCCGGCCGGGGGUUGCCGGCGGCCGAGGCCCACCCGGAGGCCGUGGUGUCCGAGGACACGGCGCACCCCCGCCCAGCCCUGGCACUUGUGGCAUUUGAGGCUGCGGCCCGCGAGCUCCCGGCCGAUAUGGCCUCGCGCCCAGGGCCUGGUCCAUUCCGGAUCUGCUACGUGGCAGCCGUCAAUGCGGGGAAUCUGUGGCGCAGGGGCUUUGACCUGCGAGUGCCGGCGCCGGCCGACGGCGAGUCGGCUUCGACCAACGGCGACGACCCGGCCCCGGUCCCGGUGGAGUCCCUUUCGACGCGCUAUUCGGCCGUCGAUUUGGCUCGCGAGUGUCAUGUCACGGUUCCGCGAUCGCUGCGCAAUGCGGCCGAUUGCUUCCAGCAUGCCCUUCCCUCGCCCGAUGCCCGUGCUUUGUUGGAGUCCUGCAUGAAUGAGAUGGCCACGCUGGAAUCCCAGGCCCCGGGAUUCUCCAGCGGCCAGUCCCACAUCCCCGACGAAGAGUGGGAGGGCGAUGCCCAUGAUCGCAUUAGUGACAUCCGCCGGAAGGUGGCCUCCAGUGCGCCGGCCGACAGCGAGAGCGCCCAAUCCGCCGGUGGGAGUCGGUGCACCAUCAUGUAGAGGAGCGCCUUGGUCCACAGCCGGGCCAUGGCGCCCACCUGUGUGCCUCACUGGCAAUAGACAAAUGCAAUUGGCGCGGCACUCUAGCC